AUGGGGCCGCCAGCUUCAUCCCAUCGGCUCGGGGACAAAAAACCGUACCACCCAAGUCCGAGAUACGCGUCGUAUCGCCGACCUUCACCCUCGAUGGGCAACGGAUCGAAUCCAACACAAAACUCAGGUUUGGGCGCGAUUUCAGGCACAGUUUCCGGGCCACAACAAGGUUUCGCCUCAGGAAAUCGACCUCGACCUUCUAGAUACAACCCCAGUGUCUCUGGUCGUCCAUAUUCCUCUUCCAGCAAUACAGCCAGCAACAACGGGAAUCACGCAAACCAUCCGCGUGUAGGUAGCCGCUAUAACUCAGACUUCAGUCCCUCUUACCAGAGUCAUGUGCGCAGUUCCAGUGCGCAUGAUUCCAGACGGUUUUCAAAUGGGCCUUCAAACUACCAUCACCAUUCAUCGUCAGCAUCUUCUAGUCGCUAUAACUCCGUUCAUCAACAGGCCCCGGCAGCACUUAAGCAAGGCUACCAUAACUACUAUAGUCCUUCCCCAUCUAGUCGACGUCGACCUUCCUCAGUAUCCGACGGAAACGACCCAGCGACUCAAAGUUAUCCAGCGCGUGGAAACAACAAAUGGCGUGAUUCAUACUCCAGUGACUACCACGAACAACAUCCUUCAAGCUCCUCCGCACACUCUACACAUUCUGCGUCUCAGAUAUCUGAAAAGUCUUCGAUCUAUGCUCCUAGUCGAAAUCACAACAAUCUACAACCAUAUUCGAAUCGAUAUCUUUCUUUCGGACAAGAGCGGGAAAACGAUAUCAGGAAAAGACCACCAGCACUCUCCUUAGAAAAUGAGCACUCUCUAGGAUCGAGCCUGAUAAAUUCUGUGCCGCAAACCACUCGUGAAAUCGAAGCGAAGGUUGCCACGGAACACGAACGAAUCGAUUUCGGGAAACAAAAAGCUACGGAGCAUCGAUCUGAGAAUGAAAAGAAUCAGACCCGCGAAGAAAGUCCGGAUGUUCAAUCACCAGAGCCUAUGCUGAGAAAGGAAGAGCCCAUCUCUAAUAGAGAUGUCGAUGACAAUAAUGAUACCAACGAGAAAAACGUAAAAGUUGAUGAAACCGAUGCCAGUUAUGCCGUCCCUGCUACACUUGAGGAAGGAGAUUCGUUGUCCAUGAGUUCCAUAGACAAGAUCGAACUGGGAGCAGCGCCUCCGUCUUCGGCCACUCUCCCGUCGUCACAUACUGAGAAUGCCCCAGAGGCUCAAAAUGAGCCUGUAAAUGAAGCAAGCGGUUGUAUUUUCCCCAUGGGUAAGGCUCAGUUGAAACUAUGGGAACUAAGAAGUCGCAGAAGAAGCUCGAUAGUUCGUCAUCAAAAAUAUCGAUUAAAAAGGCCGAUUAUUUCCCUAGACGAGUAUCCUUUCAUGUCACAGAAUAUUGUCGUACACGAGCAAGCUAUAAAGCCGGUACUCUUAGAAUCACUAGGUCAUCUUAAGCGGUACGAAGAACUGAGACGAUUACAACUCAAGAAGACUUUCAUCGAUCUGGAUCAAAAGUGGUCAGAAAACUGUCAGAAAUUAGAAGAAAUAAGCCAAGAAGUCAAGCAAGAAACUAUUGAUGAUGAUUCCGCAGCUGAUCAUACAGUAGGUGCUCAGAAGUCCAAAGAGACUGAGGAUCAAAACCAGCAGAAUCGCGCCGUAAGCAGGCGCAGAAACCGUGGUGACUUUGUCGAUGACAAUGAAAUCGAAAGCGUUCUUUUGCAAAUCGAUCCUGAUUACAAGCACCACCAACUAGCUGCUCAAAUCCCUGCGAUGAUCAUAAACCCACUUAAAAAGCAAGUCAUAAGGUUUAAGGAUGUUAAUAAUCUCGUCACCGAUAAAGACUCUUGGGCUGCAAGAAUCAACAGGGACGGUAUUGAUACAUUCACAAAUGAAGAGCAUGCAUUAUUCGUAGAGGCCUAUCUGACCUAUCCAAAGAGAUUUGGAAAAAUUUCGCAGAACAUGGGUGGCCUUAGACAGCCGGAGGAGUGUGUUCUGCAUUACUACCGGACUAAGAAAAAAACCAACUACAAGCAAUUGCUCAUGGAGCGGAAUAAGAAGCGCAAGGUCAAUGCUGGCCGCAGACGCAAGGAGAAGGAUAAAGAGCGUGAUAGCUCUAAAAUGGACGAAAACCUGGAGGUUUCGACUGAGGCCAACGACCUAAGUAAAAAAGAAAGACAAGAAUUGGUCGAUGAGACUGAGGAUGAUGAAGGUGAGCAGAGCGUCAAAGACGUACAUGUGGAAAGCAGCACUGAAGUAGUGAAAACUAAUUUUAAUGAAAAACUAUCACCGGUGACUUCAGUUGUCGUGGGCAAUCCUCACGGUGUGGAAUCGGUUUCACAAGCUGAGAAAGAGCAAGAAACGGAAGCAGAAACCGAAUGUGACGUGGAUACAGCAUCUGUGGUAGCAACAACGUACUAUGCCGAGCCCACCAGUCGGGAAAAUUUGGAAGAGUAUGCAGAGGUUGACCACAAUUCGAGCAAACGUAAAGUAGAAGAGUUGGAAGAAGUUACCAACGAACUCCCAAAUUUACAUCCUAUUGCCCCUGUCAUUACUGCGAACUCGAAAGAGUUCUCCACUGUGGAGGAGCCUCUGCCCUCCGGCAAACUUGAAGAGUCCGAGAAGGCUCAGCAGCCCAAAAAAAGAGCUAGGCACAGCGAGGGUUUCCACAAGUCUAGUUACUGGAGUGUGAAAGAGUCGAACCUGUUCCCAGAACUCCUCAAAGAAUACGGCACACAAUGGGCCUUAAUCUCUGAAAAACUCGGAACCAAGUCCACUACAAUGGUACGCAACUAUUUUCAAAGAAAUGCGGACCAAAUGGGGUGGCAGUCACUUGCUGAAGGUUCUAAUGCGAACCAGGGGGGUAGCAAAGAAGAGGAAGCACAAAGUGGCUCGACUGUAGUUGAGACACACCUUGAUGGUAUGCCUUCGCAGCAAACACCUUCCGUCAGCAUUUUCAAUCACGCAAAUCGCGACGCAUCCACUCCGAUGCAAAUACCAACACUUUCGACGAUGGACUCAUUCUCUCAACAGUCCACGCCACAUGGUUUACCCCCGCCUCGAUUACCCUCUAUUCAACUUCAUACGCAACAGACCAAUGUCGAUGCGAAGAAGAAUCUCAUGACACAAGCAGUUCUCGAACCAGCCCCCACUCACUCCGUUCACUUCGCGCCUUCGCUUAUCACUAAUACGACGGGCAUUCAUAGUACCAACCAUUCCUCUGGUGCGUCCUCUUCAAAUUCUUCGCAGGUUGGCGCUGAAAGCAGAAGGUCUUCCAUAAAAAGUCUUCUCAACAACGAUGCAUCGGAACCACACGCAACACAGCCACAAUUACCGAAGCCCAUUGAGCAAUCUUCAGUCAACUCAACGGGCACCAAUGUUAUUGUGCAGGAAUUACAGUCUUUCAAUUAUCCUGUGUCCGCCACUGGUGCCGCCCCGCCAGCAAUUCACGUGCCCACAGAGCCCACCAGAAACCCGGGGUCGAUCUCGUCCAUUUUAAACGGGGCGUCGUCCCCAAAUUUCGGCAUGUCUCAAGGGCCUCCAAGGGUUGCCAUCAGCCAGUUUCCUAAGCCAACGCUCGAUUUGCAUUCUGGUAAGAAACCGAUCUUACCUCCCGUGACACUUCAUUCUCCGCAUGUGCUGGGGCCGCUUACGCCUUCUUCGACGGAUAUGCUUACGAAUAAGCCACCGGAGUUUAAUUUUGCUAGCGACCCACUCGCAGCUUUAGCUGCUGUCGCUUCUGCACCCGAAGCACUUGCUUCCUUUGUACCGCCGGACGGUAGAGGUAAUCAACAUUCGUCAUCCGGCUGA